CGAGUGCACCCUGAGGUGGUCCAGCAGGUGAUUCCGGUCCUCCGUCAAGGUCUGAGGUGUCGGCCAGGUAACCAUGACGACGAGGACGACGAGGAAGAGUGCCAGCACCUGUCCCAGGCUCCGGGUUGCCGUGGCGACGCGCUGACUCUGCUGGGGGGGGUCCUGCUCACCUUGAAGACUUUUAGCAGCCAUGGAGACGAGCAGCAGUUCCCCCUGAGGCCAGCAGCCAGCCCAGCGCCGUCGCCAUAGAGACCAGCGGUCAUGACGGACCGAGCCUCGUUCAGCAGCCGACCGGCGGGGGCGCCCAUCCUGCCCCCCGAGCCCAUUGACAUCAUCCGCGUCAAGGCUCGCUCCCGCCGGGUCCGCCUCAACGUGGGCGGACUGACGCACGAAGUCCUGUGGCGGACGCUGGACCGCCUGCCCCGGACGCGCCUGGGCCAGCUGCGGGACUGCAACACGCACGAGUCCCUGCUGGAGGUGUGCGACGACUACGACCUGCCCCACAACGAGUACUUCUUCGACCGCCACCCCGUGGCCUUCUCCUCCAUCCUCAACUUCUACCGCACGGGCAAGCUGCACAUGAUGGAGGAGAUGUGCGCCCUGUCCUUCGGCCAGGAGCUGGACUACUGGGGCAUCGACGAGAUCUACCUGGAGUCCUGCUGCCAGGCCCGCUACCACCAGAAGAAGGAGCAGAUGAACGAGGAGCUGCGCCGCGAGGCCGAGACUCUCCGCGAGAAGGACGUGGUGGAGGAGGAGCUCGGGUGUUGUUCCGACCAGAGGCAGAAACUCUGGGACCUGCUGGAGAAGCCCGGCUCCUCCGUGGCCGCCAAGAUCGUGGCCAUGAUCUCCAUCCUGUUCAUCAUCAUCUCCACCAUCUCGCUGUCGCUCAACACUCUGCCAGAGCUGCAGGUGGUGGACGAGUUCGGCCAGUUCAACGACAACCCCAACCUGGCCCACGUGGAGGCGGUGUGCAUCGCCUGGUUCACCAUGGAGUACUUGCUGCGGCUGCUGUCGGCGCCCAACAAGUGGGAUUUCAUCAAGGCGCCGCUGAACAUCAUCGACCUGCUGGCUAUCCUGCCUUACUACGUGACUCUCUGCCUAACUGAGUCCAACAAGAACGUCAUGCAGUUCCAGAAUGUGCGGCGGGUGGUGCAGAUAUUCCGGAUCAUGAGGAUUCUCAGGAUACUGAAGCUGGCCCGGCACUCCACCGGACUCCAGUCCCUGGGCUUCACGUUACGGAGAAGCUACAAUGAACUGGGUCUGUUGAUCCUCUUCUUGGCCAUGGGCAUCAUGAUCUUCUCGAGCUUGGUGUUUUUUGCUGAGAAAGAUGAGGAUUCCACCAAAUUUACCAGCAUCCCCGCCUCCUUCUGGUGGGCGACCAUCACCAUGACUACAGUCGGCUACGGAGACAUUUACCCGCAAACCCUCCUGGGGAAGAUUGUCGGGGGGCUCUGCUGCAUAGCCGGCGUGCUGGUCAUCGCCCUCCCCAUCCCGAUUAUCGUCAACAACUUCUCCGAGUUCUACCGCGAGCAGAAGCGGCAGGAGAAGGCCAUCAAGCGGAGGGAGGCUCUUGAACGAGCCAAGCGGAGCGGAAGUAUCGUUUCCAUCAAUCCCAAAGAGGCUUUUGCACGAAACAUGGAGCUGACAGAUGUGCUGGUGGAGAAGAAAGAGGACAGCAAGUGUCCCGUGGACAACCACCUGUCACCAAGCCGCUGGAGCUACCACAAACGUUACUCCAACGCAGGGGCAGGCAGCCCCGAUCAGCCCAGACCAUUCCAGGAAGUGGCUCAGGUGGGCUCCCGUGAAAGCAUCAAGACGUUGCCGAACACAAGCAGCCCUCAGCACCCGAACGUUCUCGUUCUGGACGACCCGACGGAAAGUCAGGACAAACUCCUAGAGGAGGUGGAGAUGAGCGUGUUGAACCAAGAAACUUCAAAAGAUGGUGCAAGGACGGUCUCCGGCACAGCUGAGAGUGGAGAGAGCGGCAGAGAAAGUUCUCUGGUUCCUGGUGUUGGCAGUAGUGCGAGACAACUGCGCGCACCCCCUCCCUUGGAUCUGAGUCAGAUCAGUGCCAAGAGCGCUGACAGUCUCCAGACGCUGACACCCCUCCAAGAGAAUCCCUACAACUUCAAAGGGAGCAUCAGCAGCUCCUCAGCAGAUUCCUGCAGCACGCAGAAGCCAAGAGCCCACAAAGUGGACCUGAUUGGCGGACGGGAGGAUGUGCUCAUGGCAGCCAUGACACCUGUGGCCGCCUCCGCCGGCUCAGCCAGGCUUGCCCAGGUCCUGGCGGACGACACGGCAUCCAGCAGAUUUUCUCUCAGCUCGGAAGUUAACCCUCCGCUACAGGCGCUCCGACAAUCUGCGUCCCCGAUGGGCCAAUUAGUUCGUCCGAGCAACUCUGCGGGGGAAGGUGAGAGAUUAGAAGGUGAAGGGCAGCUCACGGGUUUAAGCCGCCGGGGGAGGAAUCACGUGGAGCGCUCAGGCAGCAGCGCCAGUCCUCUGCCUAAAGGCGGCGCACUUAACUGCUCACAGGAACUGCUGACUGCGGAGGGGGGGGCCAGGGAGGCGGCACCUCGGGAAAGACAAGAAAACCACGUUCUAGACGGAAGUCUGACACCACCCAACGAAACCAGCAUGUGAGGCCAAAUCCUUCACAAGAGUGGACCUUAAGGGACUGAUGCCAAAUCCUUUGGGGAAGCUCAAGCGUCCUUACCGUCCAGACCUUGGCCUCAUCCGGGUGUUCUUCAGGGAGUCACGUGGUCCGACAGUGUUGCCCUGGACUUAGUCGGGGUGUAACGCUACACGUGUUUGGAGUUCCCAUCUUUCAGAACGUCGGCUUUGAUACGGAACUUGUGUUCACUCAGCAGGGGUGUCCAACCGGUUUUCAGUCAAGUCCACGUCGGGCCAAAUAGAUACUCUAUGAACUGGAUUAUUAUAAAUAUUUUUUUAUGUAUACUGUAAAAGAAAACUCUGUAGAUUGUACCGUAAAAAAACGAAAUCUCAGUCACCAGAAUUUUACCAUAAAAUGUACGAUUGUUUUUACAGCUUAUUACUGUAAAUGAAAAACAGUACCGCAGUUUUAUUUUAAUUCGGGCGACUGAACCAACAGUUUUUUUUACCGUAAAAAUUGUGAUAUUGUUGUUUUCACUUACAGUAAUAAACUGUAAAAAAAAAACAACCGUCGAUUUUACGCUUAAAGAAAAAUUUACGGUAAAAUUGUUGAUUAAAUAACAGUUUUUUACCGUAAAAAAUGUGAUAUUGUUGUUUUCACUUACAGUAAUAAACCGUAAAAAAAACAACCGUUCCUUUUACGGUUACAUUUUUUUUUACUGUGAAAUGUAUGAUUGUUUUUACAGCACAUUACUGUAAAUGGAAAACAGUACCACUGUUUUAUUUUAAUUCUGGCAACUGAACUAACAGUUUUUUUACUGUAAAAAAUAGUGUGAUAUUGUUGUUUUCAUUUACAGAAAUAAACCGUAAAAAAUAACAACCGCUGAUUUUAAGGUUAACAUUUUUUUUACUGUGAAAUUUAUGAUUGUUUUUACAACAUGUUACUGUAAAUGGAAAACAGUACCGCGGUUUUAUUUUAAAUCUGACGACUGAACUAAGUGUUUUACUGUAAAAAAAAAGUGAUGUUGUUGUUUUCAUUUACAGUAAUAAAAUGUUAAAAAAACAACCGUUGAUUUUGCGGUUAAAGAAAAAUUUACUGUAAAAUUUUUGAUCAACGAAAAGUUUUUUUUACCGUAAAAAAUGUGAUGUUGUUUUCACUUCCAGUAAUAAAACGUAAAAAAACGACCGUUGAUUUUACAGUUACAUUUUUUUUACUGUGAAAUGUAGAAUUGUUUUUACAACAUAUCACUACUGUAAAUAUUUUAAAUCUGGCGACUGAACAGUUUUUUUUUACUGUGAAAAAAUGUGAUAUUGUUGUUUUCAUUUACAGUAAUAAACCGUAAAAAAAACGUUGAUUUUACGGUUAAAGAAAAAUGUACUGUAAAAUUUUUGAUUAACAGUUUUUUACCGUAAAAAAUUUGAUAUUGUUGUUUUCCCUUACAGUAAUAAACCGUAAAAAAAACAACCGUUGAUUUUACGGUUAAACAUUUUUUUACUGUGAAAUUUAUGAUUGUUUUUACAGCAUAUCUCAGUAAAUGGAAAACAGUACCGCAGUUUUAUUUUAAUUCCGGCAACUGAACAAACAGUUUUUUUACGGUAAAAAAUGUGAUAGUGUCGUUUUUAUUUACAGUAAUAAACUGUAAAAAAAACAACCCUUGAUUUGACGGUUCUUUUUUUUUUCACUGUGAUUGUUUUCACAACAUAUUACUGUAAAUGGAAAACAGUACAACUGUUUUAUUUUAAUUCUGGCAACUGAACUGAGUUUUUUGACAAGUUUUGUACUGUAAAAAAUGUGAUAGUGUUUUCAUUUACAGUAAUAAACCGUAAAAAAAAAAAUGGUAAAAACUGUCAAUUUAGUCACCCGAAUUUUACUGUACAAUAUUCAGUGUUUUUGGGGGGGGGGUUCCACUACGGUAAAAGGAAAAAGAGUACUGCUGAUUUUUUGUUUUGUUUUGUGGCCACUAAAUUGCACCUUUUUUAACCGUAAAAAAAAAAAAGUUUUAGCAGUUUUCCCAUUUACAGUAAAAACCUUAGAUUUGACAGUAAAUUUCACAUAAAAUCUUUAGUCAUUAUAUAGAUAACUUGCUUUGGAGUCAUAAGUCAUGUGACAAAAAAACUGUUUAGAAAGUCCGUGGUACCUUGACCUGCUGUUCCGAUGUGAAAAAUCACAAAGCGGGUUUGUCUACCGGAGACCUUAAAAUACGGCAAAAACAUGUUACACAGCCCAGGACUUGGGACUUUUGGCUCACGGAGGAAGCCUUGAGUGGAUGUGAAGAUGGAUCAUUGAGUGGAACAUCCUCGUGGACGCCAAAUUGUCCACAAAAUACAGUCGCCCAUUCGGGGCUCAUCAGUCGCUUAUUUCCAGGAUUACGCAAAGUAAACACCACCAUCCCUUCUAUGUCGUAUAUUUCUGUUUUUAGGCUUAGUUCUUUUUACUGGAUAAUGCCUGGGGAAGGUACUUUUCUCCCCCCCGAACUCUGAUGAAUCAAACCCUUGGACCGUGAAGAGAACGCCCACUUUGGUCUCUGUGAGACUUUUAAUCCGAGUCCGAGCACAUUGGCUAGAACUUUAUUGCAAAGGUGACAGCUGGGGGAAAAAAAUUCAAUGAUCUAAUAUUUGAUUGCCAGUCCCGAAUCCCCCGAAAGCAACUUAAGUACGUAUAUUUUUCAGAUUUCCGGGAAAUGUGGGCUGUGUGUACUAGCUGGCAACUAGCAGGACUCUAGGAGUACUAAUGUUCUUCUCAUUAUGCCUUUUUUCAACUCUUGCUAAUGUUUUUUUGCGUUUGGAGAACAUAGACCAGGGGCCGACAAAGGGAGGGGGGACAACUUUGGACGUCCAAGGUCUGGCAAAGCUUCCGACGUUGGCAGGGAAAUGAUUUUGCUUCACAGAACUAAGUCUGAACAACUCAUGAAAGGACGGACUUGACUGGUAGGGGAAACUUUUAGGAGUGCUGGUCCGGACUAUGCUAGGGUUCGAGUUCCCCCAAAUUUCCAAAAAAUGGGUUCUUUUAAGCGGUAGACAAUGGAUGGAUGAUGGGACCGACUUGACUAGUAGGGGAAACUUUUAGGAGUGCUGGUCCGGACUAUGCUAGGGUUCGAGUUCCCCGAAAUUUCCAAAAACCGGGUUCAUUAACGCGCUAGACAAUGGAUGGAUGAUGGGACCGACUUGACUAGCCUGGGGAACUUUUAGGAGAUCUAGUCCGGACUAUGCUAGGGUUCGAUUUCCCCGAAAUUUCCAAAAACCGGGUUCAUUUAAGCGCUAGACAAUGGAUGGAUGAUGAGACCGACUUGACUAGCCUGGGGAACUUUUAGGAGUGCUGGUCCGGACUAUGCUAGGGUUCGAGUUCCCCCAAAUUUCCAAAACAUGGGUUCUUUUAAGCGGUAGACAAUGGAUGGAUGAUGGGACCGACUUGACUAGCCUGGGGAACUUUUAGGAGUGCUGGUCCGGACUAUGCUAGGGUUCGAGUUCCCCCAAAUUUCCAAAACAUGGGUUCUUUUAAGCGGUAGACAAUGGAUGGAUGAUGGGACCGACUUGACCGGCAUGGGAAACUUUUAGGAGUGCUGGUCCGGACUAUGCUAGGGUUCGAGUUCCCCCAAAUUUCCAAAAAAUGGGUUCUUUUAAGCGGUAGACAAUGGAUGGAUGAUGGGACCGACUUGACCGGCAUGGGAAACUUUUAGGAGUGCUGGUCCGGACUAUGCUAGGGUUCGAGUUCCCCGAAAUUUCCAAAAACCGGGUUCAUUAACGCACUAGACAAUGGAUGGAUGAUGGGACCGACUUGACUAGCCUGGGGAACUUUUAGGAGAUCUAGUCCGGACUAUGCUAGGGUUCGAGUUCCCCGAAAUUUCCAAAAAUUGGGUUCAUUUAAGCGGUAGACAAUGGAUGGAUGAUGAGACCGACUUGACUAGCCUGGGAAACUUUUAGGAGUGCUGGUCCGGACUAUGCUAGGGUUCGAGUUCCCCCAAAUUUCCCAAAAAUGGGUUCUUUUAAGCGGUAGACAAUGGAUGGAUGAUGGGACCGACUUGACUGGUAGGGGAAACUUUUAGGAGUGCUGGUCCGGACUAUGCUAGGGUUCGAGUUCCCCCAAAUUUCCAAAAAAUGGGUUCUUUUAAGCGGUAGACAAUGGAUGGAUGAUGAGACCGACUUGACUCGCCUGGGAAACUUUUAGGAGUGCUGGUCCGGACUAUGCUAGGGUUUGAGUUUCCUGAAAUUUCCCAAAAAAUGGCUUAAUUUAAGUGGUAUUCAAUGGAUGGAUGAUGGGAACGACUUGACCGGCAUGGGAAACUUUUAGCAGUGCUGGCACGGACUAUGCUAGGGUUCGAGUUCCCCGAAAUUUCCAAAAAACGGGUUCAUUUAAGCGGUAGUCAAUGGAUGGAUGAUGGGACUGACUUGACCGGCAUGGGAAACUUUUAGGAGUGCUGGUCCGGACUAUGCUAGGGUUUGAGUUCCCCGAAAUUUCCAAAAACUGGGUUCAUUUAAGCGCUAGACAAUGGAUGGAUGAUGGGACCGACUUGACUAGCCUGGGGAACUGUUAGGAGAUCUGGUCCGGACUAUGCUAGGGUUCGCGUUCCCCGAAAUUUCCAAAAACUGGGUUCAUUUAAGCGCUAGACAAUGGAUGGAUGAUGGGACCGACUUGACUAGCCUGGGGAACUGUUAGGAGAUCUGGUCCGGACUAUGCUAGGGUUCGCGUUCCCCAAAAUUUCCAAAAACUGGGGUCCUUUAAGCGGUAGACAAUGGAUGGUGGUUAAGCUAACUUAAUUCCAAAGUUAUUUUUUUAACCAUUACAGUUGACUUUAAAUCUAUUUAAUUAUUUUUACGCUUUAAAAAUGUGUCAAAUAUUACAAUUCAACUCUUCUACCAACUCAUAAAACAACAAGCUAGCUAGAUAUCACAAUCCCUAAAUACGCUACUUCUCGGUUAAGCUAGCUUAUUUCCAAAGUGAUUUUUUUUUUUAACCAUUACAGUUGACUUUAAGUCUGUUUAACAAUUGUAACACUUUAAGAAUGUGUCAAAUAUUACAAUUCAACUGUAUUUAUUUAACCAAUUCAUAGAAAACAAGCUAGGGAAGUGUCGCUAAUUUUAGCCUUAACUUUGGAGAGCAUAAAUGCAAAGAAGUCAUGUUGGUUCUUGAAUAGUACAACACUAAAACCUGUCAAAGAACACAACAACGGUGAAGAAUGUAACAUAUUUCAUAUCAUUAAGUAGUAUUUGUUAUUUUUAAAACACGACACUGGCGCAAUGUCUUCUGUGUGUUUUUGUGCUUCAACCUUGGACUGAAAUAUUGUUCAUCUUUGUCACGGGAAUGUGUGAAUGUUUGUUUGAUGUUGUAAAGAGCGCCCCCUGCUGGGAGGAUGGAGACACCGUAUGGUUUCAAAUGUCUUCGUGCGGACAUUUUGGACAUUUUUUGUUUUUUAAUCGUGUCCCUUUUUCUCCCUUCCUUGUGAGCACGCCGGUGUAAAAUGUACAUAAGGAGUGGAUGUAGAAGUAACAAUUUUGUUGUUGUUACCAUCUAGACACAUUAAUGGUGCCUUGGGAACUGUCCCAAGAGUUGCUUUACUUUCUUUUUGUGUUUUUUUUUCCAUCUUGCUGAUGUCUGGUAGAAGCCUGUUGCAUAGCCAAUAGAAGUAAAGAAAUAAAUGUGUCAUACGACCUCA